AUGGCAGUGAACUGGAUCGGACUCUUGUCCAUUGGGGUCUUUUACAUCAUCGUGCUUAGCAUGGGAAUUUGGGCGUCCAGGAAGUCCAAGCAUGAAGAGCGGAAGUGUUUAGCAAAGCGCAGUGAAAUUGCAAUGGUUGGAGGACGAAACCUAAACAUGUGGGUUAGCAUCUUUACCAUGACAGCUACUUGGGUUGGAGGAGGCUACAUUAUGGGGACAGCUGAAGCGGUUUAUGAUCCCACAAAGGGUUUGGUUUGGGCUGUUGCCCCCGUUGCCUACUUCUUAAAUCUUCUUAUAGGCGCUGUCUUCUUAGUUAAACCUAUCCGGGCGAAGAACUAUGUCACCAUCAUGGACCCAUUUCAAGAGAAAUAUGGCAACAGUAUCGCGGCUGUUCUCUUCAUUCCUGCUCUAAUAGCAGACAUCUUGUGGAUAGCAUGUAUUCUUAGUGCACUAGGAGGGACAUUAAGCGUGGUCAUGGAUAUCAACUCCACACUGGCUGUGACUGUGUCUGCAGCUGUGGCUGUUGUUUACACAUUAAUGGGAGGUCUGUAUUCUGUGGCCUAUACUGAUGUCAUUCAGCUGAUCUUCAUCUUCCUUGGUUUGUGGCUCUGUGUGCCGUUUAUCCUAACAAGCCCUUUGCUGCCAACGGUCACCACUGCUGCAGUGUCAAAGUUGUACCAGGAGCCGUGGCUUGGGAAGGUACAGCUUGAAGAUGCCGGAGCCUGGAUAGACAACUUAUUGCUUCUGGUGAUUGGAAGCAUCUGCUACCAGUCCUUGUACCAACGAAUCCUGUCCACAGCCACCGACACUCAAGCAAAGGUCACCCUUUACGCUUCCUCGGCUAUUUGUCUAAUUCUUGGCAUCCCUUCAAUUGUCAUUGGAGCAGUGGCUGCAUCUACUGACUGGAACCAGACGUCCUUCGGUUCACCGAGCCCAUUUGAACAGGGCAAAAGUGGAAUGAUCUUACCAGUUGCCAUCCAGUAUCUUUGCCCGUUCUACGUCUCUUUGUUUGCUAUGGGGGCGGUUGCAGCUGCUGUGAUGUCAUCAGCAGACUCCGUCCUUCUAUCGGCCGCAUCUUCAUUGGGCCGAAAUAUUUUCAAGAAUAUUAUCUAA